GUUACGUGCUCGUUCACUGUGCUGUCACGCGCUUAAGUGAAAGACGUCCCGUCCCCGCUGCGUCGUUUGCGCGCAGCUUCGCUCCUGAUGCUCUCCUUUUCCCGACAACCUGAGGAUCGAUGUUUCGAUUUCAGUCCCUGGAUGACGACUGUACGCUGGAGGAGGAAGAUGAUGGACUAAUAGAAGAGGAAGAUGAAAUAGAUCAGUUCAACGAUGACACCUUCGGAGCUGGCGCCAUCGAUGAUGACUGGCAGGAGGAACACAAGCGCCUGGCUGAGCUGGAUGAGCGUGUUGGGUUAGGAGGAGGUGAGGUUGAAGGGGAGGUGGAUUCAGGCGGGUCCAAGCCCGGGUCCUCCAUCCACCGCCCCUCCUCUUCAGUAAACCCCCCCCUUCAGUCUUCCCUUCCUCCCUUCGGUUUCUCCUCGUCUUCCCCUGGGCUGCCACCACAAGAUGCAGACGACCGAGCCAGAGAAGGCGGACUGGCCGAGUCGCUGGCCCGACUCAUCCUGGAGGCAGACCCGGCCAUCGCUGGUGUGGGGGCAGCCGAGAGGCCCCGUCCAUCUCCCAGCUCCUCAGCAUCCAGCCUGUCAGUUCUGCACAGUCUGGAUCAGCCCAGAGUCCUGCCGCAGUCCUCCUCCAUCCCUCACCAGCGCCAACCACAGCUGCCUCCAGGCCCCAUCACUUCAGGUCUUCCUUCCUCUUCGAUGCUGAGCUACCAGCAGCAGCAGCAGCUGCUGCGGCGCGGCACCGCUCCCAUGGGCCAGAUGAACUCUCACAACAUCUGGGACAACAGCAUGAGUUUUGGACCGGUCAGCGUCUCCCCCGGACUCGUCACACACAUGGAGGACAGUCCACUCAUGUCCAUCAUCAAAGAGGGCGGUCUCCCAAAGCGUCCUCCUCAGGGGAGGAGCGAUGAAGGACGGGACUUGUCCGAGCGGGUUCCACCGCCACGUUCUUCCUCCCCUGUGAUUGGCUCUCCUCCAGUGAGGGCCGUGCCUAUUGGGACUCCACCCAAGCAGCCGAUGAGCCACUCCCUGAAUCACCAGAUCCACCAUCCCACCACAGUUCACGUGAGAGCCCCGGUCCCACACAGGUACCCCGCCCCAUUCCCUGAGCGCCUGUCACCCAACACCCUCCUCAAUAUAGCUAACUCACCGUUGUGUCGAGGUCCGUUCGCUCCCAGAGUCGGACCGGUUCUGUCCCACCUCCAGCGAGCCCAGCUGCUCAACUCCCAGGUUGCAGGUUUUCCUCGUGGUGGCCCCGCCCCUUUGUUACCUGGAGGAGGUUUCCGGCCUUUCUUUGGAGGUCCCCCUCCUCCACACGGCCACAGGAUGUGCCCGCCGCCUCCUCACGGUCCCCCCAGCCACAUACCCGUUCGCCACAACACCACACACCUCCACCCCCAGCACCGCCGUAUGCUGACGCAGCGAAUGCAGAGCCGGGGAGGAGACCGCGGCAGGACUGGGGGGGACCGCAGUAGCAGGGACCCCUACAGUAACCUGAUGACCCAAAAAGAAAAGGAGUGGGUCACCAAGAUCCAGAUGAUGCAGCUGCAGAGUACUGACCCGUAUCUGGAUGACUACUACUACCAGAACUACUAUGAAAAGAUGGAGAAACGUCAGGACAAGGAGCGAGACAUCAGCAGUAACAGUAAGAAGGAACACGCCACCAAGCUCAUUACUCCCCAGGUUGCUAAGGUGGAACACACCUACAGACCAGUUCAGUUUGCGGGUUCUCUGGGGAAGCUGACCGUGUCCAGCGUGAACAACCCCAGGAAAAUGAUCGACGCCGUGCUGACAACUCGAUCAGACGACGAGGAGAAGAGAGAGAAGCAGGUCUGGAACAAGAGAAGACAGAUCCUGUACACCGUGGAGAAGAUGUACAGCCUGCUGCUGGAGGUCCAGGACUUUGAGAAACGGUUUGUGCAGACUCCAGAGGAGGAGAGGGAGGCCCUGCUAGAGCAGCAUAAGAACAACACGGAGCAGCUGAGCAGCUCCUUGAUGGAGAAGGAGUGGGACCACAGGGUGAGCGACGAGCUGUGUGUGAUGAUCAUGUCGGUGAGGAAAGGCAAGCGGCUCGUUGCCAGACUCCUCCCCUUCCUGCCUUCAUCACAGGCUGCUGCUGUUGUCAUGGCGAUCGCUCGUAACCUCCCCGCCUUAGCCAAGAAGGACAAACAGGACCAGGUGUUGGGUUGGUUAGUGGAGCCACUUUCUCCUGUCAUCCAGUCGCUGUCAAGCUCCGCCCUCACGGACCUGCUACAGGAGCUUCAGGGUGGCGAGGGACAGCUGGCCGUGGUGCUGCAGAACAAGUUCGGAGUGACGAUGCUGUACCUGAUCCUGAGUGAAGGAGAGCGAAUGCAGAGCUGCGAUCCAAACUGUCAGCUCAUGGACGACAAUCGAUGGACCGAGUUGGUGUUUUCUGUGACGAGGGAGCUGCUCAGCAUUCCGGCGUCCUCCCUGUCUCCGCCCCUCUUCACCCCCCCCAACUUGCUGUCGUUGUUCUCGCGCUACGUCGAUCGGCAGAGGCUGGAGCUGUUACAAGACAAGCUGCAGAUCUCUGCGUCCUCCAGGUAGAAGUUACUACAACAUCCACAUGACGCCCCCCCCCCCCCCCACUUGAUGCAGAACUUCUCUCUGUGUGUGUGUGUGUGUGUGUGUGUGUGUGCACGUGCGUGCGUGCUCUUGAAGUGAAUCAGCGGUGAAUCAUUUUAAUGCAGCAGAAUCUUUAGUCACUUUUUGUUUGCGUGUGUGCACGCAUGUGUGUGUGUGUGUGCUUGCGUGUGUGUGUGGAUGAUCGCCUCAGUGGGAAACGGUCUGAAUGAGGAAAAAGUGGAAUCUGCAUUUUUAAGUAUCUUGUUUACAAUUAUGCCUGUGAUAAAAUUAAAGUAUUUCUAUUAUAUAAAA